GGAGACGCCGUCGCCAUGUACUGGAUCGGAGUCUGUUACAGCUGUGGGUUCGGCGUGAAGGAAGACAAGACGAAGGCGGUCGAGUGGUGGGAAAGAGCGUCCGGGUGUGGUUUUGCAUACGCGACCUACCGCCUCGCGUGGUGCCACGAGAACGGCUGCGGCGUGGAGAAAAAUGAAACGAAGGCGAUCGAGCUGUACCUCAAAUCGGUCGAGGCGACUGGAGACGCCGACGCCAUGUGCUGGAUCGGAUACUGUUACCACUAUGGGUACGGCGUGAAGGAAGACUACACGAAGGCGGUCGAGUGGUGGGAAAGAGCGUCCGGGUGCGGGCACGCCAGCGCGACCACCUACCUCGCGAUGUGCUACGACACCGGCCAUGGAGUGGAGGAAAGUGAAACGAAGACGCGCGAGCUGUACCUCAAAGCGGCCGAGUUGGGCUGCAAAGAUGCCGCGUAUGAGCUCGGGAUCAUCUACUACCACGGCGCGUGCGGCGUGGCGGUGAACAAAACGGAGGCGCUGAAGUGGUGGCGCGUCGCGGUGGAGCUCGGCGACACCUUCGUGCAAGGCGCUGUG